CAUGCCAUGCUAGCAGCCACCAGCUUCUUCUGUGCAUUUAAUGCACUCAACUACUUCUCCAAACCGAUCUCCUCCUCCUCCUUCACCACCACCACCAUUUCUCUCUCACCCAUUUCAUCAAACACAUUACUUGAUAAUCUCAUCAACCACACACGCGCGCACACACACACUGAGAUGGCCUCAAUUGCCAAGUUCUCUUACCAUAGACUAAGGCAUGAGGGUGGGUUCGACGACGAGGACGACGAAGAUCGAAUCAGAGAGAGAGUGAUUGGGAGGGCAAAGAGCUGGUCCAGAUUCAGAAAAGUGCACACCAGGAAGAGACUGAGAAUCAGAAUUCCUAUCCUGAAGAGGUUCUUGAAGAGAAAAGCCAGGCAAGUCAUGGUCUCAUGGACUAAGGUUUUGAAGAGAUUGAAGGAAAGCCAAUCCCAUUUUGGAGAUCUCUUUGCUGGGAACUAUUUGUUCUUGCAGGUCACCCCUACCCCAUUGAAAUGUGUUGACAGAUCUUUGAAGGCUCACCAUCAUCAUCAUCAUCAUGAUCUUCAUGGGUUGUCUUCUACUUCUAGGUACUCUGUUCAGAGGAUUGGUCAGUGAGUCAAGUCCUCUCUCUGAAGUUUUAAGUCUUCUUGAAUGUGUUUCUCGAGGGGGCAAUUUAGUGCAUGAAAAGGGCAAGAUGGUGGUUUCUUCUUGAAUGUGCUGUUUCUAAAAAUAAAGCUUAUCAAAUGAACUUGCUCUUUUUUGUAUUCCUCAUUUGUAAAAUUGUUAUUGUACUAUUAUUAUUAUUAGUUUUCAAUGGAAGAUGAUAUAGCUUAAAGAUUUGUCACAAA